AUGUCCGGCUUCCCCCGCACAUCAAGGCGCGGCGCAUCGCUCCCGCCCCCGAAACCGAGCUUGACGGACGAGCAACGCGGCGAGGUGCGCGACGCGUUCGAGCUCUUCGACACGGACAAGGACGGCUUCAUCGACUACCACGAGCUCAAGGUCGCCAUGCGCGCACUCGGCUUUGACCUCAGAAAGCAGGAGGUGCUUAAGAUCCUCCGCGACCAUGAUCGGGGAGACGGGCUUAUGGCGCUCGCCGACUUUGAGAAAGUCAUGACGGAGAAGAUUCUGGCGCGAGACCCUAUGGAGGAACUGCGCCGCGCCUUCUCCCUCUUCGACGAUGACAAGACCGGUCGCAUCUCGCUCAAGAACCUGCGCCGGGUCGCCAAGGAGCUGGGCGAGCACCUCGGCGACGAGGAGUUCAUCUACGCACCUGGUAUUACUCCACUUAUGGCCGCGAUGAUUGACGAGUUUGACAUGGACGGCGACGGCGAGAUCUCGCAGGAAGAGUUCAUCGCGAUCAUGCUCGAUGGCGAGUGA